AUGUUACAGAUAAAGACAGAGAAAGAAGAACUGGACUGUGGAGAUGAUCAGAACCCAAAGGAAAGCUCAGCAGUUCCACUUACUAAUGGGGCUUCCCCAUUGGCUGAAUCAGAAAUAUUAGAGAUAAAGAUAAAGGAGGAAGAACCAGACUAUGAAUAUUACCUGCCCACAAUAAAGAGGGAAAUGGAUCCCGUUCCUGGGGCCGCUUCCCCAUUGGCUGAAUCAGAAAUAUUACAGAUAAAGAUAAAGGAAGAAGAACCGGAAUCAGAAGAUGAUGGAAACUCAGCAGCAAGAUCAGCAGUUACAUUUAGAGAUUGGGGAUCCGCUGAUACCGCCAAUACUCCUGCCAUUAAUACGGUUCUGUCACGGGGCAACGGAUUAUUUGUGGUCAACCAAGAGAAGAGAGUAGCCACUAACUCAAGCUGUCAGUCAGACACGGGGCAUGUGGAUUGCUCGGUCGGAUCAGAACCAUCAGGAUUUAUCUGCUGUAAGUGUGGGGAUAGUUUCGCCCAUCACAGCGACCUUCACACUCACCUCUAUGCCUGCGCCGGGCACAAUAUCACCAGCAGCUUCACCAAUGCCAGUGAAGAGGGGCAACAUUCUCACAAAAAUGGUGGAGUUCUUCCAAGAGAGAAACCCUUCAAAUGCACGGUAUGUGGGAAAUGUUUUACCUUAAGGAACAGCCUUCGGUUGCAUCAUAGAAUUCACACCGGGGAGAAACCAUUCACCUGCACGGAAUGCGGGAAGAGUUUUUCCCAGAGGUGCAGCCUGCAGUUACACAGUAGAACUCACACGGGGCACAAUCCUUACGUGUGCACAGAGUGUGGGAAACGCUUUUCCAGCAAUACCGGCCUCCGCGCUCACAUGAGAACUCACACGGGGGUGAAACCUUACGCCUGCACAGAGUGUGGGAAAUUCUUUUCUGAUUCAAGCACGCUUCGCAGACACCAAAACACACACAAAGCAGAAAAACCUUUUACAUGUACGGAAUGUGGCAAAGGAUUCACUCUAAAGGACAACCUACACAGGCACCACAGGAUUCACACAGGGGAGAAACCCUUCACAUGUGCAGAAUGUGGCAAAAGUUAUUCUCAAAGCAACAACCUCAUUAAGCACCAGAUGAUUCAUACUGGGGUAAAACCAUUCAGCUGCUCUGAGUGUGGGAAGAGCUUCGCCUUCAAAGAAGGCCUCCGCAAUCACCAGGCGAUCCACAUGAGGAGAAACCAUUCAGCUGCUCAGAAUGUGAGAAUGUUCUCUCUGAUGAGCACCCUUCACAAGCACCAGAUUGUGCACACAGGGGAGAAACCAUUCACUUGCACCGAGUGUGGGAAAAGUUUCUCACUAAACAGCAGUUUUCACUACCACAAGAAAUCGCACGAGGGACAAACAAAGAAAAACAAACGAGAACUAAAAUGGGGACAAAAAGGGACUUGAAAAAUAAAAUAAACAUUUGUUUUGUA